UCAAUACUGGAGCAACGAGAACAAAGCAGCUGGGCGCCCGGGAAUCCUACUGGAUUGGACCUUGUCUAUGCGAAAGAGAGAGCAGGAUCGUAUUCGGCAAGAAUCCAAGAAGAAGCGUACUUACCAGGAACAUAGCGAAGACAAUUCCAGUGAAUCAGAUACGGAUACUAUUAACGGAAACCCUGUGCCUGAGUGGCUACGCAACAAAUGUCGUCCCGGGUAUAGCACAGCUGAGAUCUAUGAGUUGGUGGAUCGCAUGAGGCGUGAGAUAAUAGAAGAAAAACGGUGCGAUUUUCCCGACAUAGAAAUUCUUCCCAAUAUCACCAAGGGGCCCUCGGUUGGAAGAAAAACCAGAGCGCUCCCAAGACGGAGAAAGAACACCAGCAGUCAUACCCGCAAACGCUCCCAGUCUGUAGGCACGGCACUUCAACCUGGGACAGACCAGAUGAUUCGUCGCGUGAGCCAACCGACACAUUUGGGGGCUGAAGGAUAUACGCAGCAAUCUCCCAAUGAGAAACGCCGGCGCAUGUCAGGCACAUCUCCACACGGUGAUCAUGCGUCCAUUAUGAAUUCGAGGCUUCCCGAGGGUCCCGCUUCGAUACUCGCUCCCGUACCAAUGCAACCUCAACUUCAUCGUCAGAUCUUUGACAAUACCCAAGAAAACCGUGAUGAGCAUUCAUAUUAUUACCGCCGUGGGGCCAACAACAACCCCGACUACGGCUACGAUCGUCGGCCUGGUCCGGCUUCUCAGCCUGGCGAGAUCCAACCAAUCGGUGCAACGCCAGGAAGCAACCGUCCCCAAGGCUACGUGAACGAUAGGCAAUUUUCGCAUCAGCGAUCUUUCUCAGAUAUGGAUACCAACGGCCCUCGAUUUUCUUUCGGGCCUUCUGUACCUUCAUCCUACCCUCCCAUUCCACAACAUCAAGUACCAGAGCAGGUACCGUACGACACGAAUACAACAGAACAGGCGCGAUAUCAAACAGCCUCUUUUCCUUGCUCUUCCGAUGGUCGGCCCGUACCUGGCCAACGAAGCGUUGAUAUUUUUUCACCUUCUUUGUUAACUUCGAGACCAAGCCAGCCUCCCAGUCAGCCUCCAUUCCAUCAUCAAGGCUACCAGCAAGGCUACCAUCAAGGCCACCUACAAGGCCACCCUCCUCCGAAUCCAACUCAUGGGCACACACGCCAUCAGAGCAUACCAUCAAUUGGCUAUGCCACCGGUACCCGCCUGCCCAUCAAUGAAAAUGAGCAUGGCAAUAUGGCCCGUCCACAAGGAUCAAUGAUUGAUUCACCUUCGUAUCAUCCCCAUGGAUGGCCCUACUCACGUCCUCAACAACAUUCCGAAAAUCCCGACAACGCCAGAUUAGGCGAACGUCGCUAACUAGGGGCAGGAUUUCGCAUUUACCAUUGGAUUCUCUAAGUCAUGUAUUUCCGCAAUGCUCUCGCGAAUUGUUUUUUAUUUUUUCAAUUUUUCUUUUCAUUUUACAAAACAUAAAAAAUAAUUUCGGUGCAUUACGCAUGUAACAGUAUAUUAUCUUAUACUGGUACCUUUUUAUGUAAACAAGGUUAAAUUGAUAAACAGGGGGACAAGACUAAAUUGACACGUACCUACCUGUUAGAGUAUAGUUAAUGAAUUUAUUUUUUUGGAA